AUGCGUAAAGCGAGAUACCAACAGCAUCACCCUUACAAUUCACGUUCUAUCGCAUUGAUCGCAUUUUCUUCCUGUUUGCGAAGUGCCCAGGUUUCUGAAGCGUAUUUCAACCCAGAAGGAAUGGUGGUGCUGAGCAUAAUCUAUAUUUUGCCGAUUUCGGUAUUUGUGAUUCGCGUUGCAGCGUUCUCUCCAUUUUUUCAAGGAACGGGUUUUAUCCCUCCACUCCCGUUCUUUCAAAGAAUACCAUGGGAAGGGAUAGUUCAAAUGAGGACAAUAAUAAGUAAUGAAUACAACAAUUAUAAGGAAGAGAUAGAAAGUCAGAAGAGAAGAGCUGAGGAAGAGCUUGACGCUGCCUUAACAGCUAUUCCUUUAUUCAUCCAACUUAUUCGACAGGCUGAAAAUGAUCCGAACCUCACCUGGGAUCAAGUAGCCGAGAGGAAAUUUAAACUCUUUUCAAAUCUGUUGCCACAGCAAGCUGAAGUCGUUAAAUUCAUGAUUUCUCUAUUCGCACCCCCUUACGCUAAAGCCUCUUCUCAAAGAAUGUCAUCGAAUUUUGGCCAUGGAGGACAAUUUGGAUCCAAUGGGAUUGGACCGUUUGUGCCAGUUCCCUUUGGGCAGGCCCCUUACGGGCAAGGAUUAUACCCUGCUCCUGCUAUUGUACCGUCAGCCAUGGUUAUGUCGUCUCAUUUCCUCUUGGACUCCGAGAACUCAGCCGCAUCCAGAGAACAACUUGGAGAUGUUGUUUUUCGACUAGCUACAGCCAAGCUGUCUGCUCCAGAAGACUCGGCGCGGGCUGCUUCACGGCCACGGAACCGCUCAUUAAAGAAGUCUGCAGCGGUACAAGAUGACGAACCAUCUCUGUUGGACGCUGGUCGACGCGCUGCCUCAUUUGACACCAGUCAAGCAGCAGCCGUUAAACCUUCGCCAUCGCUACGGCCGAGUUCGUUUGAUUCACGGAUGUCGGCAUUUUCGCCGGUGGACGUGCCGCGACUGCUCGUCCAUUCGCCGGCAUCACCGCUUGCCGUCGAGCCGCCCCCGCACGCUACAGACAGUCGUUUGCUCACUGUACCGUCACCGGACUAUCGAAAAAUGUCUUGUGAAUCACCGAAAGCCAGUGACUACAUCACUAUGGGUUUAGCGCCAGCGAUUCUUGGUCAAUUGACAGCGAUCGCAUCGACGAUGAUCACGCCCAGUACUGUUGAAGAAGUCAAGUCAUCUUCUAUCCAAAGCAUGGACUGCACUGCUUCUCUCGAACCGCUUACCUCCUCAUCUCUCGAUCUCCCCUUACCUUCGGGCAUCUGCCAGGAACAAGUCCAGCUACCUCAAGCGUCGGCUGAGUUACUCGCUCAAAUGCCGGCGAAGUCGGUGAUUCAGGAUGACAUCCGGAGCGGUAACGGACGAUUUCAACUAGUUCGGAAGCGCGGCCGCAGCGAAGUGUGGAAUUUAUUCGGGCAGGUACUCGACACGCUCACAAACGUCCGGCUACCGUAUGUAGCGUGUUAUGCUUGUAAGGUCCUUUACACGGAUACCGGUGGUGGCACCGGGAAUAUGACAAGGCAUCGUUGUCCGAUUGGUCUCAGUUAUCGUUCUAGUGCUCACGGCUCAUCAACAGAUACUGUAGAGGCAGGACAACAGUCAUCGUUCGAAUCGACUGUAUCCGGUAUGCAACGCAUAAACGAACAACGUCCAACACUUUCACUUACCAUUAACUCGGAGAGCAGUAGUUCCGCACAGUUGAUCAGUCAAACAUCCGGCGAGGUAUCAAUUGGUGACGUUGAUCGUGAAGUGCUUACGGAUUCUAUCGUAAAGUGUUGUGCUCUUGAUCUCAUUGAUCCUGAUAUUUUUUCAGGUAAAGGAUUUCGUGCGUUGCUCGAUCGUAUGUGGCAAUUAUCGAAACGUUCUGGGACGUCACCGCAUGACGUCUUUCCGGAUACGCAAAUGCUACAGUCUGCGCUUCAAACUAAUCUACGAUUUUGCAUGGAAGAUCUUAAGAACGAGUUGUCUCGAACAUCACAAGGUGUAUGCUUAGCAAUUGAGUCCCUUUCCUAUUAUGAUAAGGAUUUUCGAGUAGUCCAUUGUUCUCGUAUCAGUCAUGAUUGGAAGUGGCGUAGUAACGUUCUUGGAGUCUUCAAAGCUCGCGAGAACCAAUCAAUGGCCGAAAUUAUCAACGUUGUAGUGCAUAACUACGAACUUGAUAGGAAUCUGCUAAGGAUCACCUGUUCAAAAGGUGGCGAAGAAUUCGCACCGGCUAAAUCAUUUCCAGAUCUCAAAGAAAAAUUAAGAGAGGUGCUGCACGCAGUGCUAUCGACCUGUUCAGUACCAGUUCUACAGUCUGUACAAAUGGUUGAUCAAAUAAUGAAAGCGUUUGCUGACUCAGAUGUUCGACCACCGUUUCCAAUACGAUGUUGUGGUGAUGAUAUCUUCAACAUAUACUCAAUUCUCAGAGAUUUCAACUAUCAUUACCACAACAUUGAAGAAAUCAUUCAAUCAAAACUUCAAGGUUUGCAACCUUGUUUCACAAGUUUAAACGCUGAUCAUCUACGUGAACUUGAGGAAUUUCUUGGACCAUUCCAAGAGACUUUUGAGUCAUUAGCUCAAGAGCAGCCGAAUUUUCAUAAGGUUUUGCCCGAAUGGUACGCUUUAAUGCACGAAUGUCAUCCUUCUUCCGAGGAAAUCUCACCACUGCUACGUGAGCUAAAAACAAAAGCCAGCGAACUUCUGGUCCGUGAACAAUCAACAACGAUCACUGUUGAACAUCGUAUCGCAGCUAUUUUGAACCCAAGACAUAAUAGGAAACUAAAUCUGAUAUGCACGGAUCACGAAAGGUCUCAAGCAUGCGAUCGGAUACGAGCGUUAUGCGGCAUACGUACGCAACGUGAACCACUUAGUCGAGACAGCUCUUGCGAAGGAGAACCUCACCGAAAGCGACGACUAUUUCUGAACUCUCUGGAGGAUGAUCCAGUGGGUGACGAUGAACUGGAAUGUUAUCUGCGGUCACAAUAUCCGGCGCAACAGACAAGGGACGUAGUCUCAUUUUGGAGUACCGUUGGUCAGGCGCAGUUUCCCUCGCUAGCGUCGCUUGCACGACGUAUACUGUCCGUUCCGGCGUUGGCGCCGAAGACGACGUUCGAUAAACGGCAUGCUAGUGUACAUCCGGAGCAGCUACAUACGUUCCUAAUGUUGCGCUCCAUGUUCGACACGGAAAGGGAAGACUGA